UAGGCCAUUAUUUCACUAGGUCAUUGUUGAUGACGAGAAUAUUGGGCGACGUCCGUUAUAUAUAUCGCGCAAAAGGCCUAAAAUUGCGGAAUACGGAAGCAAGAUACCGGGCAAUUGAUCAAAACUGAUUCACUUUUGGUAUUCGGCUUGGUACAUGCGUGUGAAGAUCAAGAUGGUUAGCAGCGGAUAUUGCCAGCGUGUCCUUUCUUUAAUCAGAAUUCUAUUACUUUUUGUUCCAAUUGUCUUAGGACAGCCAUGCAAUCUACCGAAAACUGUUCUUAAUGGACAGUUAGUCUAUGGCCCAGACUACGACUAUGAGGACUACCUUGCCUCGGACCCCGAUAAGUCGAACCCAGGAGAGGUUAUAACUAUCUUGUGUGAUUAUGGUUUCGAGCUGUCCGGUGGUGGAGACGGAGACAGCAUUUGUCAGGACACCGGUAGCUGGAAUCCGCCUCUCUCAUCUUGCUCACUAAAAGGUGAUAGCCUCACAACAGCCUCCCCUAAAGACUGCUCAACACCACUGAUAGCAAACGGUAAAGUCACAAGAGACGAAACUGUCUUGCAUUCAGGCAAGCCUAUCUCAUCUGCGACAUUUGUGGAUGUCUCCUGCAACACUGGAUUCAGCUUGGAUGGGGAUGUCGUCCUCAUGUGUCAGGUCGAUGGAAAGUGGAAGGGUAGAAUACCGUUUUGUGUCGCUGCUGAUGUUAUGAUAGGUAACCAAAAGUGCAAGGUUCCUGACAUCCCCCAUAGUAGGAUUAAGUACCUCCACAGCACUGUCAACGCAGGCGAUGAGUUAUCCCCUGGGAAGGAAAUAUCCGUGGUGUGUAGUCCUGGCUAUAAGCGAGAGGGUGACAAGUUUCUCCGUUGUCUCAACAAUGAAUCAUGGAGUCACGCCAUCCCUGAAUGUAGGAGUAGUUUUCUCACGGUUGCACCACCAACCGCAUGCAAAUUGCCUAUCAUUCCCAAUGGCGCCUAUUACAUUGCCGAGACUGGUGGCGAUUACGGUGGCGAUUACGGUGGUGGCGAUUACGGUGGUGGCGAUUACGGUGGUGGCGAUUACGGUGAUUCGGGGGACAGUCUCCCCACAACCCAAACCCAGUCAAAAAGUCAGGCGUCUGACAUACGGGAACUGGCGCUCGGCGGUUCCAUCGAAGUCAAGUGUGACACUGACAGAGGUUAUGAGAUUGUUGGCUCAAAGCAUGUUAACUGUGAGCUUGACGGAAGGCUUUCUAAUGUCCCGUUCUGUCUAGCAGACUCAGGUGUUGGGACAGUCAGCAAGUGCUACGUCCCACAGAUAAUCAAUGGCCGGAUCAAGCUUCUUCAUGACGACAUCACCCAGGGGACACCAGUCGAUGUUAAUAAGACCAUCACCAUUGGCUGUGACAUAUUGAUGGACAGAGAGGGAGAAGAGCUCCUGACAUGUUUGGAAAAUGGCACCUGGAACCAUCCAUCCCCUGUAUGCAAGCAAAAGACCAUUGAUCCAUUCUCGCCAUGUUUCCUCCCCGAGAUUGAGAAUGGCGGCUACGAAAUCCCUACUACUAGCAGUCCCGCAAUGACCGACAGCGCCGGCGGGUCCGACUAUGGUGACUAUGGUGGCGAUGGUGGUCAAACCGACUACGGUGGUACCGCUCCAACCGGACCUCCUAAACUUCACCGUGGACUCAAUAUGACGGUCCGUUGUAGCCCAGGUUACAAACUCAUCGGAUCACCGAUUGUAAGGUGUUACGAAAACGUAACUUUGUCUGCCAUACCGUUUUGUGAAAAGGUUCGCUGCACCGUCCAGACGUUACCAAACGGCACCAUAAAGAUGGGUAAUACCGUCGCGCCGUCUGAAGUUAAUUUCAAUGUCACACUCGCCGCCAGUUGUGACGAGGGCUUCCAUCUCAUUGGCGCCGAUAGAUUGACAUGCGGUGAAAAACAGGAAUUCGAUGAGGAUUUCCCCAAGUGCCUCAACGGGACAGCGUUCUGCACAAUUCCAACAAUCGAAAAUGGCCGAUCCUCCCUCCUUCGCCCCGGACUCAAACUGGCGUCUCUCGAUACUGUAAAGAUCGUCUGCAACAAAGGUUAUUUGGUAGAUACGACAACAAACGUGAUCAAAUGUGGUGUCAGCGGCGACUGGUUACCGAAAGUCUCGAAAUGUCUCAUAGCCCGCUGCAAGGUAGUUUCUGUCAUUCCCGACGGACAGGUCCUUGUCAAUGGCAGCCUGGCUCCAAGCACUAUUCAAUAUGGUGACAAUAUCACCGUCAUCUGUCACGAUGGCUUCCGGCUGUUGGGCAACCGGGACAUCCAGUGCGGAGAGGACGGAACGUUGUCUGCUAAAUUUCCCCAUUGUGAACCAGAAAACAAAGGUAGCUGUCGGGUCAGCCGAAUGGAAGACAAUCACACUAUGAUCGACACAAACCUGAACUUCAUCAGUUCAGGUCAGAGCGUCAAGAUGUCGUGCGUUCUGGGCUUCAUUCGAAACAUCAAAGGAGAUAAACUCAACUGUGAUGAUGGAACCUGGAGACAAACGAAGCCAGUUUGUGUCAGAGAUAAUAAAUGCACUCUCCCGAAAAUUAAACAUGGCAAGAUCACUGUGAAGAUAAACCGUCGUGAUAGGUCAGACACUAUUCUAGUGAACGACACAGCUUACCUCGAAUGUGAUAUCGGAUACAUUCGACAUGGGAAGGAAGAAAUUCAGUGUGUUGCGGUAGAGAAGUACAAAGAUCCUCUGCCGAGUUGUACAGCAGGUACCACCCGCUUUUGUUUCGCUCCCAAAGUUGGCUAUGGCGAGUUGGUUGGCGUUGAUGGGACUGUGAUAUCAUCUAGAGAAUACUUAUCACCAAACACCCGGAUCACUGUCAAAUGUCCAGUGUCCGAAGAAAUCGUUAAGGGACAUAGUGAAGCCGAGUGCUUAAAGAAUGGGACCUGGAACAAGGAACUGUACAAAUGCAAAAAAGCGCCGGAGUCAACUUCCAACAUCGAGCAUCAGUCAAGCACAGGUGAUCACACUCUCUAUGCAUGGAUUGGGCUUCCAGUUGGGGUUUUGAUAAUAGGCCUAGUCAUCGUUGCAGUAGUCUUAUACAGGCGUCGCAAGCAACAGAAGUUUGAGACGGCGCCUAUAAUGUACAAUACCAUGGACAACAUUGUUUAUUUGACCUCUGCUGAGGCAAAGAACAUCAAUGGAUCAAAUGGACAGUCGAAUCUCGGGAUGAAUCCGGAUGAUGGCUACAUGCCUCCAUACAUGCGCCGGCAGAAAGGUCACAGCAGGCCAUUUGAUGACAUGGUCACGCGACGCUCCCACGUCAGGGACAGCGUAGCAGCAGACUAUGAGAACGAGAACGACAGACCAGUAUCCGUGAUCACCUAUAAGCCGGCUUACAGCAAACCGCCAUCGAAUCGAAAUACGAAUCCAACUGAUGAUGACACUGAAGUGCGAAUAAACGAAUAGCAUGGAUUCUCAACUUGCAAUGAAUUAAAAGUCAGUUCCAAAAGCUAGCGGGGAUCUAGCCGCCAUGACGAUUUUCGCCGCGUGUCAUGGAUUUGCGAUAGGGAUGCGCUUAACGGCUGCUUGUGGGUAUAUUUCAUAAGCAGCACCUCUACUUCAGAUAUUGGGUGAUAUGAACAAAGACUAGCAAAUGCUUUUAUCUAAAACUUCAUGUACAUUUACACUAGGCCUUUCUGUACAAAAUUGAAGUAAAAGCAUUUGCUAGUCUUUAUUCAUAUCACCCAUUGAUUCGACUGUUCAAUUGCCAGAACAGCACCAGGUCGAUUGGCAGUGAUUAGCUUAAUAGAAUGGAAUAGAUCCUAUUGCAACCCCAUUGAAAGAAUCGGAGUGCUGGAUUCAUGGCUUUACAUCAUUGGACGGGAGGGGGAAGGGGGGGGGUAUAGUGUCCCGGCAGGUAAUGCGUCUCCAAACGGACUAUACUCAUCCUGAAGCUCAGGCCAACACUCGGCAGUAUCGACCGAUCUCAACGUGUGCGAGGGGAGAAGGAUACGACUGACUCUGGAUUGGCGAGGACGGAAUAUGAAGAUACAUGUAGUUGACUUCAUAAACAAUUGUCACUGUCCUUUUGGUCCACUUUGAAAAUACUGGGCCGAUUUUUUCAAAGUUUGUUUUUUCUUCAAUAUAAUGUUGGGACUGUCGAUAGCCGACUACUAGUUGACAAUUAUUAGUGAUUGACGGAGGUAAAUUAGACCUCGAUCUCAGUAAUAGACGCACGCGACAUAUCGUCAUUCAUUCAAGGCGCUGACAUUGUUGUCAAUUUCUGUCAAAAUCAAUUUUUUUCGCCGUUUUGCGCUGUUUUAUGGUCAUUUCUGUAGCAACCACACUCUUUUGUUUGCAUACCUGUAAUUCUAUAUACCAUGAAUGCUGGCUAAACCAAGUAUGUUCAAAAAACACUUGUGAAAAUACCUAUGCAAUGUUGUAUUCGUAUUGGUUUAAUUUUAUUAUAAUAUAUCAAAUUACAUGUACUUAUUUCAUCCUGGAUACGAGUAUUGUCGUUAUCGUGUAAGAAAUCUUCCGAUAGGAGAAAGACCCUUUA